AUGUUUUCAAAGAUAAUUGGUGUAAGUUACAUAAAAAAUAAACUAUCAAGGAUAAAUAGCUCAAGUGAUGCCACUAAUUCCAACAACACUUCAUCAUCUUCAAAUAUAAAUAAUACUAAUAAUAAGAAGAAAAGAAGGAGAAAUUCAACUUCAGCAGAACAUAUUAGAGUCAUAAAUAGAUCACAAUUAACAAGAGCAAAUUCGAUACCUUCUCAUUUAACAUUAAGUUCACCUCAUAAAAGUUAUAGUGCUAUACCCAAAAAAUCAAAUUCAAAUUCUAGUUCUAAUUCUACUUCAUAUUCAUUACCAAAUUCGCCAAAUUCGGUAAAUAAAACUUUUUUAAUAUCAAACAUACAGGAGGAGAAUGAGCAAGAUAGUCAAGAAUUAGAUAAUGACAAUGAGUCAGAUAAUUUAUAUUUUAAAAUAGAUCAAUCAAAUUAUAAAUUUACUAAUAAUACGGGUCCAUCACUUUAUUCAAAUAAUUUAUUGACUCCAAAUGAUUAUGUAACCAUAGAUAUAAAUAUGGAUAAUAAUAAUAGCAUAUAUAAUUUUGAUAACAACUCAUCUACUCAUACGAAUAUAACGAGUAACGAACCAGAAUUAGAUCAGUUAUGGAGUAUAAUUCCUAACAAAUUACAAAAUAAUGAUAAGAAGAAAGUUGUGAAAUUUGUUUAA